CCCGUACACGCUGCCGUUGUUACGUGAUCAAAAGGUUAAACGAGACUAGCCGAUAGCAAGCGAAAAGCUAACAUAAGUCUUAGAAUUCAGGUGGACUGUCAACAAGAGAAGCCCAACAGGAUGACCAGUGUGCUCUGUAGCAGAGCUCGGCUGGUGACGUACCUGCCAGGGCUUCACAUUCUAGUUCAUCGCGUUGUAGGGGCCAGAGCUUUCUCUGGGGCGUCUGGUUCAGAUGAGCCACAUCUGAACAGCGCUGCCCUUGACAUUGUACCAAGGACGGUGUGGCCAGAUGAGACCAUGGGACCAUUCGGACCUCAGGACAAGCGUUUCCAGUUGCCGGGCAAUGUGGGUUUUGACAGUCACUUACAGGGCACUGUGGAGCAGAGGACUGCACCAAUCCAUAACCUAAUGCAAGAUGUGCUCACUGCUCAGUCCAGCAGCGAAAGGCACAACUUCGUCCUGGCCCAGUUCAUCAACGAACUGCAUGAAAAUGAUAAAAAAGCUGCAGCACAGAACAUCAAUAAAGCAGAGCACUUUUUUGAUGAUGCUAUUGUUGAGUGCGCUAUACAGUCUUGUCCUGAACUGUUAAAGAAAGAUUUUGAGUUAAUGUUUCCUGAGGCCCCAUCGACUGGCAUGAUGGUGGUUACUGUUACUCAGAGGACCCAGAACGACAUGACAGCCUGGACUGAAAAGGUGGAUCAAGAGAGAGAACAGCUGCUGGCUCAAUUUAUUGCAGGUGCAAAGGAGAUAUGUUAUGCUCUCAGAACAGAAGGAUUUUGGGCAGAUUUCAUAGACCCUUCAUCUGGCCUUGCAUUUUUUGGAUCAUACACAAACAACACACUCUUUGAAACAGAUGAAAGGUAUCGUCAUUUAGGUUUUCAGAUCGAAGACCUGGGCUGCUGUAAAGUCAUCCGGCACAUGGUGUGGGGGAUGCACGCAUUUGUGGGCACACUUUUCACUACAGCGCCACCCAACAGCCAGAUCAUGAAGAAGCUACAGGGGAACUAAAGUUAAUUAAUUAAAGAUACCAUGUUGCCAUGGGAACACCGUCAGUCUCAAAACCAGAAUGGAGACUGAAACAAACUUCAGGUAGUUUUUCACAAUCAACAGAAUCAAAAACACACUUACUGUAUAUCUAAAAGUGCACUAAAAGAAGUUGCUAAAAGGUAAAGGAAAUGUGUAUUUAUUUUUGUAGAACAAAAGGCAAUUUUGAUGUAACUUUGAUUUUGGUUGCUUGUGCUACAGAGCAAUGUUACUUGUCAGUAAAAAGUAUGUAAGAUGUCACAUGUCUUUAGCAGCUUUCUCUCGGUGUUCCUUUCUUUAAAAAAUGUUUUAUAAGAAUAAUCAUAGACUAGGAGUGAUCUAGGGACUUUCAGCUAAAUUCAGUUAUUUAAGCUUUCUCUAUGUGUCCGUGAUAGAACUAUACUCAAUAAAUAACUAAAGGAGGAUUACUGGCUGUAAUUUUUUUAUUGUUUAUAUUUUAGAAAUUAGAUCACUUGGCUUGUCUCUAACCUAAAUGGUGAAGGUUUUGGCCUGAUUAGCUUGAGGCGAUCAAAGGUAGCAUCUGCUGGGGUCAACGUCUCAUGGGGGUCAUUAGAAAUCAUUCAGAAUCACAACAGAUGGACUAUAAUCAGUCUUCUUUAACCUCUGACACAACAUUUAAUUAGCCAGUUCUUCACUCUCCAUUACUACAGUAUGUGUGUCAGUACAUUUUUGAACUAUCAGAAAGGCCCCUGCAGUUUCUCUAUCCUUAAGAGUGAAAUGGGAGCAUAAAAGUAAAGCUCUGUCUAUAAUGCCUCUGAAUAAUUCUUUAGAAACCCAUCUAUAGAAGUAAGAUGCAAGCAGAGAUGUUUUUAUUAUUAUUAUUAUUACAUAUACAUUCUUAGGCAAUAUUUGAUCAGAUAUGCCCUAUUGCUUACAGCUUUUCUGUCCUUCAGUCCAUGAAAUAUGUGCAUUGAAUUAAAACAAGCUGCCAUUUGCCAAUUCUGAUAACCACCAUCUGAAGCUCUCAUUGAAGGUAUUUACCAAAGAAGCAUGCACAGCUGUCUGUGUGGUCUAGUCAAAGUGUAUGUUGUUGUUAAAAGACAGGCUGUGUUUGGACAGUGAAUCUUGUUUUAAGGACCUCAGACAUCACCCCAUUCAUGUUUUACAGCCAAGCUUGAUUGACAUAGCUAUCAAUUAGAUAUAAUUGUCCUACUAAAAGGAAGUCCCUCCCCUUUGUUAAUCUGAAAGUUUUCUGUUUCACUGAAGUGGGGGGAAAUGUUCUCCUGUGGUAAUAUGAUAACUCAUUAUUAAUAGUUAUUUUGACUAUAAUGUGAAUUGUUCCUUUUAUCACUCCAGAGGAACUUUAUAUGUUGAACUUUUUGUUGAUUUACAUAUGUGAGGAUGCAUCUGGUUUUUAUGUCUAACAUUUGCACAUUGCUUUAAAAGCUGUAUUAAAGGAUAUAUUGAAUAUUGUAUUCUGGGUAUAUAUAAUUGGGGAAAAAAAGAUUCACUCUUAUCUGUUAAAAGAUAUGUAUUGACCAGUUGUCCAAGAGAAAUUAGGAGUCUACACAUCUCAAUUUGCAAACUCAAAGAAGCGUGAGGCUUUAAGUCCAAAACAUUUUUUCCCCUUCAAGCGAUGAAUUGUUCUGGAGACACAAUGUCUGGGAAUUAAUUACGUAGAGAACA